AUGGGGGUGAUGGGCCCUUACUCUUUCCUUUUUGCAGCAACAAUUUGGUGUGCAUGGAGGAAUCGUAACAUGAUAUGCUUAGGCAAUGAGAACUGGUCGAACGUUAAAUUAUCCUUCAACAUUCAAGGUAUGGUUGAUACCCUAAAAGCUUGUUAUCCUUCCACCUCUAAUAUUGGUGAUGAAGACCAAUUCAUCAAGUGGAACAAUAAUAAUCAUGCUUGUGUCAUCCUUAAUGUUGAUGGAAGUUGCAUUGGAUCUCCUACAAUAGCUAGUUAUGGAGGAAUUUUAAGAAAUUAUGCAGGUUUUUUCUUGUCAGGAUUUUAUGGAUACAUUCAAAAUUCAUCUGAUAUCUUGUAUGCCGAACUCUAUGUCAUCUAUAAGGGUCUCUUGUUGGCUAAAGAAAUGGGUAUUACUGAUUUUGUUUGCUAUUCUGAUUCUUUACAUUGUAUCAACAUCUUCAAUCGAGGUUUCAUGCUUAUGCUGUUUUAA